AUGUCGUCCAAGUGGCUCCCAGACUUUGUUCUUCAACGCGGUCGCGAGAGCACAAGCUACAGCUCCACUCGCGGGAAGGUUUCCAACCCGUUUGACUUGGUUACCGAGGACGCGUGCAUCAUAACAUUGGAGCGAACGUGCCGCCACCGCACUAAGGUGCUCGCCGUCCGCGAGCGGAUACAUAAAAAGUUUCGUGGAUUUGCUGAUAAUGUGGAAUCUGAGUUUGUUCUCAAAUCUUCCCUCACACAGGUGGGCGUCAACGCGGAGAAUAUUGAAGUUACGCUCGACCGGCAUGCGUUGCGGGCCGAGAUUCGCAUGGACUUGGUCGCCUUGGCGCCCCUCGCCGUGCUUAUGCUGGAUUACAUCCUGCAAGGCGCGUAUAUUGGAAAACUCUUCGCAGUGGAGGGGGUUCGAAGAGUGCGGGACGUAAGCUAUAUCAACCGCCUCCUGUACGCCCUGGAUCAGGCGGGUAACUUUCUCCUCAACUACGGUGACUCUGCGGAGCCAAACUGGGAGCUAAAGGUGGUGGAUGGUCGCGUGGUGGCGUUUCUGCCCAUUCUUGACGGCACCUUCGCCUACAAUGGUGAGGUGCAUGGCCUGCUGCCGACCAUAGGGGCCGCAUUAAGUAAACGAACACGCUAUAAGGAACUCCUUCGCCUGCACCAGGAGUUUCGCCCGAACCACACACGUGUGGCUACGGCAGGGGGAAUUCUACUGGUGCGUGGCUAUGCACUGCAUCUUCGGACAUUGUUUGGACGCGUGGUGGACGAAUUCCUCCCCCCUGGCCUGAAGUCGAUGAGUUCACGCGUCAUUGAGCCUGACUCAAGCUCCAGCCAAAAGCUGCGGGAGCGGACCUUUGUUUUCCACGGGGACUCCACCGUGGAGCUAACGCAUGUUCCCAUUGAAUUUUUUACUCUGGAGUCCUACCGCGAGCACGUCCCCUUUUCGUUGCGAAAGACGCUCUCGCAGCGGUGUGCAUCUAAGGCAGACAUCCUUUCCGUCUUUAAGACGGCCCCCAAGGGAAGCGAAUGCUGUUGCACGUAUAUCUGUAAGGGUGGCCAGUUUAAUGAGCUGACCUCAGAGGACUGGGUCUCAGCGGACCCCAAGUUGCUGCCGUACGUCGGCUACGACGAUCCCGAGCGCCAGCAAGAGCUCGCCCAGCAAGCCGUCUACCAGGAAUGCGAAUACAGCAUCCUCUCCGCCAUCGCAGCUGGGGAUAUAACAAGCGAUGGUGUCCUCUUGACCCGCUACUUUCCCUCUCCGUGCCUAAAGUCCUUGAUUUUGUCCUGCACUGUCGGAAGGAAGGUGCGGGCCAUCUUCUUUGCGAGGGCCUCACGGCAUCACGGGGAGUUCUUUAGCCAAGAGGACAGUGGGCUUCUGUGUGACCUCAACACAUUUGGGAUCGCCGUCUUCUACGUGGAUGAGGCGCACGGCGACAUUUACCAAUUUAUCCGGCGCCAGGACCGUGAUUCCGGGGUUUUUGUGCCAGUGGAGCGGCGACAGGAGUACCUGCUUGCCACCUUCUUUGGCGUCUACGGCUCCAACAUGGUGGAGGGCGACUUUGAGGCGGAGCUGGGGUUCCUCCUCAACUGCAUUUUGCAGCUGCGGCACUACUGCAACCACCCCCUGCUGAACCCCAACAAGACGCUGGCGCUCGUCACGGGCGGCGGCCCUGGCGCGAUGGAGGUGGGCAAUCGUGUUGCCAAGUCGCUGGGCAUCUUGUCCUGCGGCCUGUUUGUUGACUUCGGCACCCUCUCUCACAGCCCCGGGGCGACAAUUAACGAGCAGAAGAAGAACCCGUACAUUGACGCCUUCAUGACGUACCGCUCAAACAAGCUGGUGGAGCGUCAGUCGGACUUUAACUUGGACUUCCCCAUUUUUCUCACCGGAGGCAUCGGCACGGACUUUGAGUACGCCCUUGAAGAGGUCCGUCGGAAGGUGGGGGCCGUGCCCCCGAACCCCAUCCUUCUCUUUGGGUCGGUGGGGGAAUACACGAACAAGAUCACCGGACGCUACCGAGAAAAUCUGCGAGCCGGGACCAUCAAGGGAUCGGAGUGGAUCUGCUCUGUUCCGUGGCUCGUGACAACGGGGGCAGAGGCAUGCGAGGUUUAUCGACGCUUUUUUAACGGUCAACUUCCUGUGGGACCCAAGGCCCCCCUCAACGACCGUGGUUUUGUUCUGGCUUCUGAGUACUUUGCGGAGCACUCCAUGUAG